ACCGGCUCGGUCGGUUCUUUCGAUUCGUCUCUCCGCGCUCCUGUCUCUCUCUUCCACUAUCUCUUUGCCUCUCUCUCUUUCUCUCUCUUCUGCGCUCGCGCUGACGGAGAGCGUUCCUGAUCUCUCAUGCGCCUCGGAUUCUGCGGACUAACACAACGCCAGCGGCAGUGAUACUCGAUUCCAUCGGUGCGGCGAGAGAUCGUGCGCUUCGUCGUCGUUCCGCGCUUCCUGCACCGCCGGAUUCAAGUGCGAUCGAUAAGUUGGUUUUGACAAGCGCACGAACCCGGUGAACCGGCCAGCCGCCCGCCCGCCAUAACUUCCCGUCGCAUCGCGUUUCCGCAGUGAGGAUCAUUGGAUCGUCCGUCUGUGGAUUACUCGACGCCAGGAAACCUCUCUCGCAAGGAAGAGGACAUAGGAUGGACCAAGUCGUGCGAACAGGUGUCGUUCAUCAUUGAAGAGGAGGAUCUCAAAAAAGCGAGAGAAGCAGGAGAACUCAAAGGAUGCCUGCUUCGUCGCAAACCGCCGCAUCCGAGCGGCGAAACGAAAGGGUGCUAACACAUGAACCACCGAAAUUGAAAACGACUUUGAAAACACCUCCCAAACAAGCGACUAAUCCUUUACAAUUCGUCAAAGUCGGACCAUGUUCACUUUAUCGAACGGCACAGGAGCAAUUACAAAAAGUCCAAGAGGUGAAGAAAAUCAAACAGGAAGUCCGCGAUGAUCCCGAGGACUGGCAAUCAAAUUUGGAUAAUUGGAAGAGUAGUCGGAGGAAGCGGCAGGAACACAUAAUCGAGCGAGUGGUGGAAGUGAAGAAACUCGAAUUGGAGGAACACGACCGUCUGCGUCGUAAGAACAAAACCUUCUCGGAGAUGAUGGAGGAGCGCGGUAACAGGGGUCGUAAGCUGAGCAUCAGCUUGGCUAUGUACAACGACGAGGAUGCGAAUGAUCUCAGCGACCUCGGGAUCGGUACGAGCAGCGGCAAGAGCUCGGUCAGCGGCGAUACGCAUGACGACACACAUAGUGUUUUGAGCGAUAGGGAUAGCGAGAUCGAGAAGAGUCAUUCGGAUGUCGAUAACACCAUCGAUGUGGCCUCAUCCAUGACGACGAGCAUCGCAACAUUGACGACGACAGCGGCAACAAUCGCGACUACAUCAGUAACAGCAGAUCGCAUCAGUAGCAACGGCAACGACAAGACAACAGCUGAUACUAGUAAGACAAUAGAAUCGAUAAUAACACCGAUGACAACAACGGCAACGACGACCGUACCGAUAACAACGACGUCUACCGCGAGAAAAACGUUUGGUGGUGGUUUUCAUGGCAAUCUGAAUCACAAUCAGGAAUACGAUUCGGGUACUACCGCGACAACGAGUUCGCCCGAACCGGAAGAAUAUACGUAUGAAGGUGCCAUUCGUGGUUACGUGUCGAGAGUGUCGCAAAACAUACCGCGAAGAUCCUUGACUGGAAUCGACUCCAAGUUAGACACGGCAAAAUCAUCGCUGAACGGUUCAAAGACAAACUUGAAUGAUGAGAGUAGUAAGUCCCCGCUGUCAAUGGUAAAGGUGGAUAUAUUGAAGCGACGUGAAGUGUUCGAGAAGGCGUCGCAGAAGAGCAGCGACAGCAAAGCAAACAACAGGUUAUCCGGUGAUUUCACCGGCACGAAAUCGAUCAAAGAGAGGCUAUCGAGUCUCGAGAGACAGAAGUAUGAAACGGAGAACGGUGACAAAGCCACUAAUAAGACCCUCAAUCGAUUGUCCGGCGACAUGAGCUCUAUCCGAGAGAGGCUCACUCAUUUAGAAAAACAAGCUUCGGAACGUGAGAGCAAGAGUUCCGUUCAUCGCAAGCUCAGCACGGAAGAUCUGGAAACGGUGAGGCCUCUCAGGGAAAGAUUGUCCACCUUGGAGAAGUACAGUAGCAGCGACGAAUCUUCGGUGCCGACCACGACGAAUGAGUCGCGUUCGCACAAUGGUGAAUUCACCGCCAGGACAAUAAAGGAUCGUCUUAGUGCACUGGACGUAGCCAGGAGCAAAGACACGACGGAGAAACGAGAACCCACACACGUCGGCAAGCAUCCGCUUUGUUUCCGUGAUCAGGAGAAUAGAGUCGACACAUCGACACCCAGCGAGAGGAGUUCGUCGCCCGACUCGGAAUAUCGUGUACCACGAGCCGUCUUCCACAGAAGUCUGGACUCCCUGGACGCGGACGCGUCCAGCGGCCCAGACACAUUCGAGCGUGUGCAAAGCCUCGAAGAGCUCGAUUAUGGACGUCAAUAUCCCGCUUCGUCGUCGUCCGCAGAACUCUUGAACGACACGGACCGCGAGGAUUCGGGUAUUCACACCGCAGACGUAAGUUGCUCGGUCAGCCAGGCAGAUGAGCCGAUCGAUGAAGAGAUUGUGCAACACACCAGUGGUACGAUCGUCGAACGAAGAGAAGUCGAAGAGAGGAUCAAGACUAUGUCCGUCAUCCAGGAGGACGCAUUAGCAUCGGGUAUGAUAGUGGAAGCGCCGAAUGACACCGCGACUAUUCGCUCACAGUUCACCAGCCACCGGGAGGCAGUAGCAGUGAACAAGGGUACUGCUGACACUUCUGGGGAACUAUCGACUAACAAGUCACAGUCGCAGGCGCGCAUAGAGGCCAUUACUAAUUCUAAUACACUUCGUUCGCAUAUUUCUGUGCCUCGCGCAAUCACCCAUCCGAGUCCCAAAAUAUCUCCGCGAGAGAUGACAAUCCCCGAAAGCCUUUCGAAACUACGAGCGUUCGGCAAAGACGUGGCCGAGUUCAAGACAGAUUCUGAACUAAGUCCCAACGAGUCCAUAGUAUCGGCCAGUCUGAAAAUCUCUAUCGAGCAAGCGAGACCGAAAUUUAUUGGCCAGGCAAAGCGACAGAACCCGCCCAAGGAACAUCUCUCCAAUCUCCCUCAACCUCAGCCGUGUUUAGAAACCAUCCCCGCCGCAGAGACAUACCAAUUGUCCUUUCCCUCCGUCAGAGCGACGACGAUCCCGACUAGCCUCUCUCCUGAAGCCAGUCCGAUUUCCAAACCCGCGACCUGCCGUACCACGUCCAAGAUUCCCACCCCUCUCUCUCGCAAAACCACUAAGUCUUCACCAACGAGUCCCGACUCUGUCUUGACCUCGCUCGUUCCAAAAUCUUCGCCCUCGAAGGCGCACAACGCGAAUAACAAAUCCUCGACUAGUCAAUCUCCCUGUUCGAUUCGGAGAACGUCCGAAACGACGACUGUCGAAACCUCCUCACCUGUGUCCCCGCAAACGAGUUCAGCGGAACUUUCACCUUCGUCGAGAUUACCCGCAGCGAGUACGCGACGCCACGACGAUGCGCUAUUGCCUGCGGAACGACGUCGCACCGUGGUGGAGGUGUGCGAGAAGGUGGUGGUACCUCAGGGCAAGGCACCCAUGACGCCGCCGGUGACGCCGUUCAUCACAGUGAACCGCGUCAACACGGUGGACAAGAGGACAACCCCCGUCACCGAGGAACGGAUCGUUAUCGAGAAAGCGGACCAAGAGGAGGAGGCAGCCACCACCGCUGCGAACCGCCCAGCAGUGGUCCCGGCAGUCGAACACAAGCAACAAGAAACGACGGAGACGUCGACGAACGUAGUCAAGAAGAAGUGCGACGUCGACAUCGACAUGCACGACGCACCUAAUGCCAUGGUCGCUACACCGACAGUCGACCAUCCGCUGGAACGACCGACGAACCUGAAUUUAGCCAAGCAGGAAGUUAGUUUGGUCGACGCGCUGAAUACCCCGAAUCCAACGUCACCGAUUUCUAAACAAUUUCUACCGUUAACUCUGUCCAAUGAUGAAGAAAUAAUCGCUGAUCAGCCUUUCCUUCUGAGUCCACCAACGAGCGUGGAACCACCGAAGGAAAAACCACCGCCGCCUCCGGUAGACGUCAGCGACGAUGAUAAUCCUCCGCCGGAGCCGCUCAAAAGAUUAAACUCCACUCGUAGAAUCAAGAAAGAAUUACGCACGAGACGCUCAGAUUUCCUCGGUAUUGAAGGGCAGGUCAACGACGAAGAUUUCGAACCCGAGUUAACGCUGACGAAACCACCGGAUAUGGCGGCGAUUCUCGCUGAGGAGAAGCGCAUCGAACAACUCCAUCGUCGCUCGUAUGACACCGACAGUAAUUACGAGCAAGAUUCAAGCCACGAAAGAGAUUCCGGGGUCGAAUUAGGACACGUCGAGGAUUGGGCAAAACAACCUGUUAGCCCCGACAUGUCGCAGCACAGCAGGCAGAGCAGCGAACCUUUUGGUGCCAGUGUGACUUCUUCCGAGGAGGAUGAAAUUACAAAAAAAGAGCGGGAGAUUAUUGAAGUUCUCGAAAAAGAAGAACAGUGGCGAUACGGCGAUAAUCGCGAAUACAACAGUGACUUAGGAGAAAAACUGGCCCACAAACUGCGCGAACUCGAAGAGGAGAAGAUGCAGCUGGAGAGAGAGGCGAUAUUGCGCUGCAACGAGGACGCAUUUCGCAAGAGGGACGACGCACGCAAGCAGGAAGAUGCUUCCUCACACGAGCAAUCGCAACAGCAACACGAUGAGACAGCGAAACAGCGGGAGAUCCAGGUGCGAACGACGGAAAAGGAAGCAAAGUACAUCGGAGACAAGCGAAAGGACGAGGAGCUUGAGACGCAGUCGGAACAACUGAGGAUGCAGAACGAGAUCGAGGAGAAAGAGCGGAGAGUCGCUGAUGCGUGUCGUAAGGAGGAGAUGCGCAUCCGAACGAUGGAAAGUCAAAUUCGCGAGCAAGAGAACAAGGCAUUGGUCGGUGCUGGGUUGAGCAGCAAUGAAGAUGAAUUCCCUUCCGGGGAAGUGCUACGAGUGGAAAGGGAACUUCUACAAUUGGAACAGGAAGAAUUAAAGAGACAACGCAAUAAUUUGGCUUAUCGCGAGCAGAAGCAGCUUAGGUUAGCAGAACAGUUACAAGAACAGUGGAAAUCCUUGCAAGAUGUUGCACAGAACUCUAUUAAAAGCACGCAACAAUACAAAUAUCAUACGCCUGCUGUGAAUUACAGAUCUUCAAUGCCAAAUUUGCAGUUUCAAGAUGCGCCAAGAAGGAGACCACCGCCACCACCAAUUCCACUUACUAAACCACGUAUGCUAGAUCAGAGACAAAGAGAUGUUACAAUUAGGAAUAGCCGUAUACCAUCCGCGGAUUCGAUUCCUCAACAAGUAGACGCAUCGAUUCGCGAGAGCGCAUCGACAACGACACUUGGAAAUCACACUGGCCAGCAAAUGUCCAGACAGACCUUGCAGGCAUUAAGUGCAGUACCGCGUCCACGAAUUGUUCAAGGUGAUCAGUGGGUCCAGCGAAGGAAAAGUGACGUGCCUAGAGGAGCUAAUGAUGUGAACUAUCAACAUUGGCUUAUUCAAGAGGCGGAACAAAGGAGGAUUAAUGAGAGAAAUCAACGAUCACCGGCGCGAAAAUCUCAACCGCAUGUAACUGGCACUUCCGUACCAUAUAACGCUCCAAUUCGGACAGACAGCAAACCGCUACCCGAUUCUAUCAUACAAACUCUAACACAAAGGGUACAGAGUAAAACGCAGGAGAAACCUCUUUUAACAAGGCGAAGGCCAGAGCAAGUUCAAGAACACUUGACUGUGCAACAUCAAUCACCACAGUAUACGCUACAAUCUCAAAAAACACAUACGCCAAUCGCGAAUAACAGUGGAAAUCAAGAAAAAAUGCUUAGCGUGAGUGGAAAGAAGAAAUGUUCACAUUGCGGGGAGGAAUUAGGUCGAGGCGCUGCGAUGAUAAUCGAAAGUCUACGAUUGUUUUAUCAUAUGGAGUGCUUCAAGUGUUGCGUAUGCCAUGUGCGUCUCGGCGAUGGAUUAAUGGGAACGGACGUGCGCGUUCGAAAUCAUAAACUCCACUGCCAUAACUGCUACUCCAGUGAUGAUGGUGUCAAGUUCAGUUGUGUGUAGAAGUCUGGUUAACGGAAUUAUGCUGAUUAACUUAAUUGUAACGCUUUCCGGCUAUAUCUUAUGAUCUUCAUAAUCAACCGUUUAGUUACCCUUAUUUAAAAGUGUCAUGUUGACACACGGCAUAAAGUAAAUUGCAUAAACAUAAUUUUUUGAUCAAAUACAAAGAGGAAUGAAGUUGUCCCUCGCGCGAUAUAUUAUUUUCCGUAUUUUUUAUUCAAAGUAAUGAGUUUACACAUGUAUGCAAUACUGUUUCUACCAACUAACACGAAUCGUACGUGAAGGAUGUAUAUAAGAUGUAUUUAUGUAAUUAGUCUAGACAUAAGAUAACUGUUGAGAUGGUUUUAAUUUGGAUGUAACUGGCGUCAUUUUACUGACGCUGUAUAUUUUUGUAAUAUAGUUCUCGUACUAUUUA